AUGCAACAAAACCCCUCCUCCCAAGUCGGAAAGGCUAACCCGAGAUUCGACCCGUGCAGUGGCGCGCCUACCCCUGGCAAAGGAAAGCGUAAGGGCCGCGAGGGAUCGGAAAGUUCAUCUCCUGGUGACCCUAUUGAGGGUCUGGUGGAUCCCGAGACACUGGCUAAAGGAGGUCCCCUGGUUGGACCUGGCGCCGCCCGCGAACUAGACAAAAGAAGAAAGGAGGAGAGCGGAAAGGAGGAAGAGAAGGGCAGCCUGAACAUCAGGAUUCAUCUGGACUUGCAUGCCAAAGUGAGAUUGGACUUAGAGGCUGACUUAUAUGGAGAUAUUGUGAUUGGUUUACUGUGA